AUGAAAACCGAAGUUUGGAAAGUCGUGACUUCCCCCACAACGACCUUGGGACACAUGACUCUGCAAUCGCUUAUCAGGCGUUUCAGUGGCUCAUUAGCCCGAACUGCGGCUGGUGGUCGCGAACAUAUUUUUCUGCCCCCUCCUCGUCUACUUUCAACUCGCGAUUCUUUCCAGUCCUUAUUUGAUCGGGUGUCGAGACGAAAAAUGGGAUCUGUACCCGGCUGUGGAGGGCCGCCAAAAGUCCAGGCAAAUGUCGCCAACCUUUUCCAGGAUAUUGAGAGCGCGGUUGAGUCGACAAGUUUAGGAAAGGAGAAAUGGUACAUCUUAACAAUUGCGGCGCUCGUCGGAGGUACUGAGCCUGAAUUGGCAGACCAACUGUACCUGUAUAUCAUCAACAAACCCGAGUAUGCCACAACCAGUCACCGACAUUACUUGAUCCGUCGAUUACGAGAGGCGCUAGUUAAGCUCGUCUCUAUCGUUGGAGUAUGCAAACCCCUUGAGGCAAUUAUCGCCAUUAUGAAAGUGGAAAAGGAAGAAGACAGGGACUAUACCUUCACCCGGGAGAACUGGCAAUGCGAUCAAGAGAACCAUGACCGGGGGAUGGAGUGGAUGCGCCAGAUUUACGCCCACAAUAUCGAACCUACGCUUGAUCUCUUCAAAGCACACCAGGACUUCAGGUGGAUAUCAACCGAAAUCACGUACGGCCUUUACUUAUCAGACCGCAAAAUACUCGACGACUUAGAUACAGAGCUCGUGGUGCUCGUAGGAAUCAUGGUUCAGAACCUGAGGCUAGAGACGCAUUGGCAUAUUCGAGGGACUAGAAGGAUCGGCGUGUCUAAGGGCGACGUGGAGAUUAUUGUCGCAUGUGUUCAUAAAGUUGCGAACUUCAUGGGGACUUCCCUGAAUAGGAUACCAACUGUAGAAGAGGUUGAAAAGGAUGUUUAA